AUGGAGCGCUUUAUUCAGCGGCAACGGAAACGUUCCCGUGAACCCGAAUCCAUUGAUCAUACAAGCGGUACCGUUGAUUAUCAAGUCGGACGCAGUUUACAACGAGAUCACCAGAAAGUCGCAGUAGGCGGCAGAAGACACAGCAUCGAAGAGGCGGGCGCUGCAUCUCGCCCAAGCGCUACACGGAUUGAGUUCCCUCGAAAGUUUUCCACAGAUCCACGAUCGGAUACGUCACGGACAGUGCAACUCCGUGAGACUGUUGAGAAAGCAUCUGAGCGAAACGCCCGGGAAGAUGCAGUGAUCGCUUGCGGUGAACCUCGGAAUCACUGCUAUUCACGAACGGCGGAGAUCGACGACUCCACAUCGUGCAAACCAAAAGAUCCUGAAACUCAAGCGACAAAGUAUCCAGGCAAAUUGUUUAUGCAAGAAUACGCCAUCAACGAUGGGCGUGAAGAACAGGGUCUCCUGAACAAGCAGCCGGACGUUGCAACUCAGGGAAGCUGCACGGGAGACCCGGAAGCGCUUCCACUGAAGACGCCGGCAGCCACUCGCGUGAGAAGUUUGCUGCCGAUCGAGCAGGAUCCUCAGGACGAAGUGGACGAUGGUGCAUCCGUUGAACAAGCAAGCCAGUGCAUCGUCUGGAACAGCGCCUCCCGACGUGUUUGCCGCGUGUCUCCCGGCGUUGGUUCCCGCACGCUGACCCGUACAACUCUGGAGACCGAAAAGACACCACAUGAGAAUCUCAGACGGCGUGCGAGCUCCGAAUGUCCCGAAGUCUCGGGACAAGGCCGUGGCACUAACGCUGACGGUACGCCGGUCUCGGCUGAGGGCUUCUCCCCGGACAGUCAGACGUUCGAGAUUUGGCGUCGACUACGUUCUCGGCGUCGUUCUUCGGGUCUGGAAAACACACCAGUGGCAACAACAAUAUCGCCGAAAACGCCCUUUACGGAAGUGCGGCGCCGUCUUGUACAACGCGCAUCUCGAGCGGUGACGGUGCUGCUCGAAGGCAAUCAACCUGGAGUGAACGCUCCGACGGAAACCCGUUUGACUUGUAUAGAUACGCUGGAUGCUGCGCAUGCAUAUAAUCUAGAAGUAGAGGAUGAGGCGAUGCUGGAUCUUUUCCAGUUAUAUACUGAGCGCUCUACAGAGAGCACGGGGCAGCUACGCAGCAAGGUUGGUCCACGGGAAGCAGCAAGUCCGCGAUUGACGGUCGUCUCGGUGGAUCGUAGCUGUGCUGCUAAUGGCAAACCGAGUCAGACGCUUUUGGUGCGACCCUGCGGGGCGGGCGAUCACUUUGGCACGUCAGUUUCGGAUCCCGAACCAAGAACGCAUCCCUCAGCGUCCUUUAUUGUCGUCCUGCAGGAUUCAUGGUCCGAACUGAAUGUUCAACAAGGCGAUACGAUUCGGCUCGUGCGCUGUACCGCAGCUGGCGAGUACGCUCCAUUUCAAGCACGCUGUUCGGGAGCGGCUGCUCAAAACGAUGUUCCAGGGCAUCCGUUCAUCGUGAGCGCCGAGGAGAAUCUUUGCAUUCUCCACCCAGACGUUCUUGUGAGCGGAACGAGUGUAGCGAACGCCUUCUCGUGCCUCCGUAGGGUCGUCCUGGGCGAACGUAAUCGUUACAGCAUCCAUCAGCCACGAACAACUCGCGCAGCGCUGCGGGGAACGUUGCUCCAUCAGCUUUUUCAGCAGCUCCUCUGGUGCUGCAUUCAUUCCGCUGAGACGAAGCCAACAGUGUCCGAAGAAGACUUGUGUCAGUUAGUUCGUCGCUACUAUGCGGAACUGUACGCACUCGGUGAGUCCGAAGACGAGCUGCUCUCCUAUCUGCGCGAAAGCGUGCCCGAUCUCGCGCUCCAUGUACAGCACCUUUGCUGCGAGCAGCACGGGGUGCAUCUCCAGGUCAGAGGACAAUGCAACUUGAGCGGCGUCGACAGUAUGCGCAUUCAGAAGCUCUAUGACAUCGAAGAGAGCAUCUGGAGUCCCAUUUUCGGCCUCAAGGGCAGCAUCGACGUCACCGUCGCUGCUGAGUUGCUGGAUCGUGAUCGCUCGGGUCAGACGCUGCCGAUUACCUGCCUGGAAUUGAAAACCGGACGCCAGGAGGGUUUCAGUGGAAUCGCUCACAGAGCUCAACUCAUUCUAUAUGCGCUAUUGUUGAGUGAGCGUUACGGAACCUCUGUGCAGGCGACGAUACUGCUGUACCUGCAAAACAACCAAACAGGAUCCAACUGCGGAGCUGGCAGUCGACUCGCGCAUCGGGAGCAUGGCCAACUUACCAUGUCUCUUCAUUUGAUACCCAUGGUACGAGCGGAGCUUAUAGGUAUCCUCAUGACGAGAAACAAACUCGCUCAUUAUUUGAGAUUCCGAAGAGCUUCUGCGAGUGCUGCAGAGCAGGAGGACCCACUGGACGCGGUUGGACGCAGUUGGCUGCAUCUGCCGCCUCCUCUGCAGCAUCAAGAGAAUCUCUGUUCGUUCUGUUAUGUUCGCGAUGCUUGCGCGCUCUACCACCGAGUGAUCGAUUCUGGAGAAGCACAUUCGAGUGCGAUUCCAGCAGUCUUCCGGGAAAUGGCCGAUGGACUCUCCAACCAGCAUGUUGCCUACUAUCGACACUGGCUCGCCAUCACGCGGCUCGAAGAAGAGGCCGCCGUCGCCAACCGUGAGGAAGUGUGGCUCUUGUCGCCGACAGAACGAUCGCAACUUGGACGCUGUGUUGGCGAGCUCGAGUUGGUCCAGGUCGAAAAAACCAACGGUCUAGGCACUGGGCGCUUUGUAGACUGUUAUCGGCAUCGUUUCCGUAUCGUCGUGGAAAGCGCAUCGGACAAGUGCGGCGGUUCGACUGCAUCGCCCGCGUGGCGCCAGUGCCCCGAGUCUGACGACCUCCACCUCGAGGCGAUGCAAGGCGCUCGAUGGGAUCUGCUCACCGGCGAUUAUGUGCUUGUCUCGUUGUACUGGAGGCGACCACCGCGUGCCCUGCCCGACGGCGGUGACGUUUCCGCGGCGCCCUCGGCGGACGUCUGGGACCCACUUCGCCAGGAGACCGCCAUAGCUGGUGGUUUUGUAGCGCAAGUGCAACCAUUAACUGGCGAAAUCGAGAUCGAUCUCGAGCGAGACUGCUCUAAGUGGCUCCAGCGUCAUCCCCUGGUCGAAUGUAUACCAGCAAGCACCGUUCGUUGGCGUGUAGAUCGAGAGGAGUUGUCGGCGGGCUUCAGCACCAUGUACGGAAACCUCGAGGCGCUCCUCUAUCCCGAAGCGGAGCGACUCCGACGUCUCGUGAUCGAUCUUGAGGCACCGCGUUUUACAUUGUCCCCUGGUGCGGAACAUUCGCAGUGUCCGUCAUCAUCUGCUUUGUUGCACAUGGAGCGCUUUGCCGCAGACUUGAAUGAAGACCAAAAAAGAGCGAUCGAGCGCGUUUUGCGGUCUCAGGAUUACGUGCUCCUUCUGGGAAUGCCCGGGACCGGUAAGACCGCCACGGUGGCAUGCCUCGUUGCGCUGCUUGUCGAUGCAGGGUGCAGCGUUCUGCUGGCAAGUCACACGCACUCUGCUGUAGACAAUGUGCUCCGUCGACUUGUCGAGCACAAUGUCCACAAGUUCGUGCGACUCGGGAAUCGCACCCAUGUCGAUCCACAGCUCUGGCCAUAUAUGCUAUGCACAGAGCAGAUGCCGGAUACGUCCGCAGAGCCCGCGCCUAGUCCGCUGUUACCGUCUUUGGACGCUUUCAGCGCCCGGUUCGAAGAGGCAGCCAUUGUCGCUACAACCUGCUUGGGUGCAAGUCAUCCGGUCUUCUAUCGCCGGCGCAAGUUCGAUUACGUGAUCGUGGACGAGGCUUCACAAAUCGCACAGCCUGUCGUUCUGGGGCCGCUCCGUUUCGCUCAGAAAGCUUUUGUGCUCGUUGGUGAUGACAAACAACUGCCGCCCUUGGCACGUGAUCCGCUCGCGCAAGCCCAGGGUGCAGACGAGUCGCUCUUUACUCGUUUGUGUGCAGCGCAUCCAGAAGCAGUGGUCGUACUCCAUCGGCAGUACCGCAUGGCUGCUGAUAUCAUGCUCUUGAGCAAUGCUCUCGUCUACAAUGGUAGCUUGGUGUGUGGUGAUCAAGCAACCGCCGAGCAACACCUGACCAAUCGGCAACAGGGCUUGCGCUAUGUCUCGCCGACGCCGGACUGGUUGGUGCACGUGCUGGAUCCUCGAAAGCGGGUACUCUUCCUGAAUACGGACGCCGCACAGGACCGGGCCCGCGAGUUUCGCUGCGGCCAGGAGAGCAUUUGCAACUAUUUCGAAGCCAGUAUCAUCGUUCGUAUCGUAGAGGCGCUGGAUGACAUGGGCAUCGAGCGGCAGCAUAUUGGCAUUACGUCGCCGCUGCGCGCUCAGGUUAGUCUAAUUCAGAAUCAGUUUCACCAAGGUCAGCGAAUCCGCAAUGCCGGCACGCUGCCCGAGUGCCGCACCAUAGAUCAGUUCCAAGGGCGGGAUAAGGAUGUGCUCCUUGUUUCGCUUGUGCGCAGCAACUCGAAUGCACGUAUUGGUCAGGUGUUGCGCGACUGGCGACGUCUGAACGUUGCCAUGACACGCGCUCGCUGCAAGCUCGUCUUCGUGGGUUCCGCUCAAACCAUGCGAACCAGUCCGUUUGUAGCGCGUCUUAUCACGCUUAUUCAGGAUGUACUGCAUGGACUGGUGCCGGUGACCCGUCUCAACUGA